CUUAGUCAGUCAGUAGAAGAUAUGACAGCUAUACCUAACGGUUUAACUUUUGAAGUUUAAAGUACAAUAACCUUUGCAAUACAAAUACAUCUUUCUCUUCCAAGUGUUGCCUGAGGCUCGGCGCAGGCGCUCUGGCUGCUUGCUGUCACUAAAACAAUUUUCUUCACAUUGGAAACUGUCACAAGUGACGUCAAUCACGGGGCUCUGACCAAUUAGAAGGCGGGGUGAUUGUUUAGCUCCACGGGCUGCAGCGCCUACCAUGAAUCUCUAUUCACUAUCAAAGCGUCCUGCUGCUGCCGGCCAACCGAAUGCGAUUCCAUGCAGCCACUUUAGAACUUAGAACAGUUUUUUUCCUUCUAUAUUUUAGUUUUUUUCUAUAUUUUAGUUUUUUUUCUUCUAUAUUUUAGUUUUUUUCUGUAUUUUUCAUUACGAUUAAAAUAUAUUUGUCAUCAUCAUUAUUAUUUUGCAUGCUGUCAAGUUAUUCUAGAAUUAGGAGUAAUGAGCAUGGAUGUUUUGGGAAACCAUGUGAUGUACCCUACGAUUUCCAAACGGAACACGGCGCUGAGAUUAGUUGACUUGGCAGGGGCGUACCACCAUCACCAUCAUCACCACCAUACCCCUCAGAGCGUGACAGGCUUCCCGGGGUUCAGCAGCCAUCCACACUCAAUGGCUCACUCGCACCCUGGGGAGAUUACUGCGGAACCCCGCCUGGGGCCGAGUCCAUUCGGGCCAGAACACAUGGGGCACUCCGCGGCCCUCAAAAUCAGCCCAGCCCAUCAUUACCCACACCACCAUCACCACCACAAUCAUCAUAUGGCAGGCCACAGUGAAGUGGUCUCCAGUCAAACGGGAGCUUUUGGCCCGGUGCAGGCGGCUCCAGUCCCCUAUUCCAUGUCCCACACGGCCCAGGCGUUAUCCGCAGCCACAGGUAGGGAUUUCCUCAUUCGGAGGGAUCUGACAGCUCAAGCCAUGCCGGUACUGACCGACCAGAGCCCCGGUUCAACCUCUCAUCACGGAAUGUUUGUCUCAACAACAGGUAGCUAUCCGGGACACUACGGCCAUCACCCUGAUGCUGGUAGCCAUGCCCUCUUCUCCGGACUCCACCAUGAGCAGUCUUCUAGCGGAGCACCAGGUGGCCAGGCCAUGAAUGGACAAAUAAGGUUAGGAAUACCUAGCGAAAUGUACGUUAGGUCUGAUCACUUGAGUCAAGUGGCGAGCUCCAGGGCUGAUCCGUUCUCCGCCUCGACAUUACAUGGCUACGGCGGUCUGAACCAUCUUAACAUGAACCUCAGCGCCCACCACCACGGAGCCGGUGCAUUCUUCCGCUACAUGAGGCAGCCGAUAAAGCAAGAACUAAUCUGCAAGUGGCACGAACCUGAACACUCGGCGAAAAAACUCUGCUCCAAAACUUACGGCACGAUGCACGAGCUGGUAACGCAUGUGACGGUUGAUCACGUCGGUGGCCCGGAGAUGGCAAACCAUAUCUGCUUCUGGGAAGAGUGUCCGAGAGAAGGAAAACCAUUUAAAGCCAAGUACAAACUUGUAAAUCAUAUCAGAGUACACACCGGAGAGAAACCAUUUCCAUGUCCCUUCCCCGGCUGUGGAAAAGUAUUUGCCCGAUCGGAGAACCUGAAGAUCCACAAGAGGACUCACACAGGUGAGAAACCCUUCAAAUGUGAGUUUGACGGCUGCGACCGACGUUUCGCCAACAGCAGUGACCGGAAGAAGCACUCCCACGUGCACACCAGCGAUAAGCCGUACAACUGCAAAGUGAGAGGCUGUGACAAAUCCUACACACACCCCAGCUCUCUCAGAAAACACAUGAAAGUGCACUGCAAGUCUCCACCACCAAGUUCUGGCUACGAGUCUUCAACUCCGUCAUUAGUGUCCCCAUCAUCGGACUUAGGCCGAGAGCCAGGGGCCUCGUCGCUCUCAGAACCAGCACCCUCGUCCCAACCCGCCAAUUUAAGUGAGUGGUACGUCUGUCAUAGUUCUGGUGCGAGCGGAACUCAGACACCUCCCAGCGGCUCCUCCAGCCCUGAUCCCGGGGAUGAGACGCACUACAGACACCCGGAGCCAAGGGACGCUUUCUAACCAAAACUGACCCAGAAAAUAAUUCUAAAAGUUAUUGAAGAUAUUUUCCAAUAUACCCGCGGACUUACAAAAUUAACACAUCGAAAAGGUCUGUUUUCUAAGGCCCAAAUCAUUCAAUGUACUGUCUGGCAUAUCGUACAAAUUAGACACUGCCAAAUGUAUCUUGUGAUAGCUCUCUUCUAUCCCAAUGUGGUUGGAAAAACAUGUAUUAUUCUCGUACUCGGUUAUUGUACGCAUGUAUUUUGCUGUAUUAAUUUGUAAAUCGAGGUUUGACAUCAAUAUCUUUUUAAUUUAUUUUUUGAAUCUGACAUGAGCAUUUUUGUAUUAUCGAACCAAAGUGUUUCAAUAUAUUAAAAAAAAUGUACAUUUGUAAAUUGAUACGUUUCGAUGUGUAGGUGGUAACAGUCAUUUUGUAAGCUUUGGUAUUUCAGCAAUUUUUUUUAUUGUUUGCUACACUUAUUUGUAUAAAGUAAAUAAUUGAAACGUUUGGAGUUUCACGCAAGACAAUUUGUCUCCAUUUGUGAUGGUCUACUCUAUUGAUUGACUCGUUUUCAUAUCGUCUAUUUGAUAUUAUUACAUUCAAUUCAUAAAUGUUUUGUCAACGUGGGCAUUUUGUGAUUUUGUAACUCUUGUCAAAAUUUGUUAGUAAUGCAUUUUUAUUAAAAUGUAAAUUAAAAUCCUAUCGAGAACAUACACUCGAAAUGUGAUCCUAUCGAGAACAUACACUCGAAACGUGUACCAAACUGCCUUGUAAUUUGUCAGUAUUUUGAAUAAAUCGUGUAUGAUAAAAAAUGUAAUUUUCCUGUUCUGGGCCUUGACUUUUUAAUAUUGAUAGAGACGUAAAACAACGAAUUUAUUCGAAUGUAUAUACUAUCAGGGUACUGUUAAACAAUACAUGACAAGGCGCUCUAAAACGCCUGGAAUCUCACAUGCUGCACUCACGUAUAACAAGACAGCAGAGACGAAUAACGCCAGUCUUUUUUAAUGGAGCCGUGAGACCAAACACGUUUCUAUCACUAUAUUCAACAGCGAGCCUUUCUGCCAUUCUGUGGUUUAUUUAAUCCCAGGUACCAUCUGUAACAGAACCCGGCGUAAGGGUUGAAAACAUGUUGGACCCAUAUUAGACAACAGACACUUUUAGAUUUUUGUUUCGUUUGAACAAUGUUAAUGUUUGAUUUUUUGCUGCAAUGUUCUACUGCUUUAGGCUCUUGCCAACGUGCAGCCGUAAAAACCAUAAAGACACUUUGAA